UUCUAAAAGAGAUACAAUGUUGACAAGUGCGGGGGGAAUCCUCGCCUUACUCCAGGAUAAUCCACACGUCAAGGCGGACUCAAGGCCAGAGGAUGUAUCACUUAAGAUCCAGCUGACCCAGUUUGCACUGAAGAAGCUAGAUCUUGUGGUGGAUGAGUUCUGGGCUGAAAUAUCUGACUCAAUCCAGGCAAUUGAGGAGAUCUACGAGGACAAGCUCUACCCUAUAGAGGUCCGUGAGUUAGCUGCAGUGGUAGCCAGCAAGGUAUUCUACCACCUGGGCAGCUACGAGGUUAGCCUGGACUACGCCCUGGGAGCUGGAAACCUGUUUGAUGUGACCAGCAGCUCUCAGUAUGUUGAGACAAUCAUUGCCAAGUGUAUUGAUAUUUACACCAGCAAGCGCCUGGCUUUUCUAGAGUCUGGGGAGAAGGUUGUAGAUAAACGUUUGGAGGCAAUUGUUGAUAGAAUGUUUGACAGAUGCUUUGAGCACGGUCAAUACCGCCAGGCUUUGGGAAUUGCAAUUGAAACAAAGAGAAUGGAUAUUUUUGAAAGAGCUGUAACCGGUAAACUAUCAGACGAACAGGUUUGUGACAUGCUUGGCUACGCAUUCCGUGUUGUGAUGAACCUGAUCCAGAACAGAACCUACAGAGGGGAGCUGCUCAGGACCCUUGUCAAGCUCUACAGGGGUCUCACAACACCGGACUAUGUUCAGAUGUGUCAGUGUCUCAUCUUCUUAGAUGAACCUAUGGCAGUUGCAGAUAUAUUAGAGAGACUGUCCAAGGGAACCGAGGAGGAUUCCCUGAUGGCUUACCAGAUCGCCUUCGACAUGUAUGAGUCCGCCACCCAGCAGUUCCUGAGCAGGGUGCUUGCUGCCAUCAAAAAGACCGCCCCUGUCCCCCAGGGUGGUCAGCUGGUACCCCAGGAGGGGGAGGAGAGUAUGGAGACAGAUGAGACGAAAGAGGAGAAAAAAGAAGAACAAAAGGAACCGGAACUGAGUACUGAAGAACAGGAACUAAAAACUAGGGUUGGGAAACUCUCCAGUAUCCUCUCUGGAGAGAAACCCAUCUAUCUUCAUCUCCAGUUCCUGAUAAGGAAUGAUAAAACUGAUCCUCUCAUCCUGAAGAACACAAAGGAUGCUGUUCGAGUAAGUAUCUGUCAUACAGCGACUGUUAUUGCAAACGGAUUUAUGCACAGUGGAACAACACACGAUCAGUUUCUUAGGGAUAACUUGGAUUGGUUGAGCAGAGCAACUAACUGGGCAAAACUAUCUGCUACUGCUACUCUCGGAGUUAUUCAUAGGGGACAUGAGAAGGAGUCUUUAUCCUUGAUGCAGAGUUAUCUACCGAAGGACUCUGCAGGAACAAGCUCUGGAUACGCCGAGGGCGGAGGAUUGUACGCCCUGGGUCUUAUUCAUGCCAACCAUGGCGGAGAAAUCACCGAAUAUCUGUUAGGUCAAGUAAAGGAAGCUACCAGUGAGCAGAUCAAGCAUGGUGGCUGCCUAGGGCUGGGUCUAGCUGCUAUGGGAACCCAUAGAGCAGAUGUUUAUGAGCAGCUGAAGUUCUGCCUUUAUCAGGAUGAUGCUGUUACUGGAGAAGCUGCUGGACUAGCUAUGGGUCUAUGUGAGCUAGGAAGUAAAUCUGCUGCAGCUAUUGAGGAUAUGGUUGCAUACGCUCAGGAGACACAACACGAGAAGAUUCUAAGAGGUUUGGCUGUCGGAAUAUCUCUGGUUAUGUACGGAAGACUAGAGGAAGCGGAUCCUUUAAUUACUUCCCUGUCACAGGACAAGGAUGCUAUUCUAAGAAGGUCUGGAAUGUACACCAUCGCUAUGGCGUACUGUGGAACCGGCAACAAUAAGGCCAUCAGACAACUCCUUCAUGUUGCUGUCUCCGAUGUAAACGAUGAUGUAAGACGAGCUGCAGUUACAGGACUAGGAUUCCUGCUCUUCAAACAACCCGACCACUGUCCAGGUGUUGUACAGCUACUCUCUGAAUCCUACAACCCUCAUGUACGGUACGGCGCUGCAAUGGCGCUCGGUAUAGCGUGCUCAGGAACCGGAAACAAGGAGGCGCUCGCGCUUAUUGAACCAAUGAGGAACGAUCCUGUUAACUAUGUGCGUCAAGGAGCUCUGAUUGCGUCAGCUAUGAUAUUGGUUCAGCAGACAGAGGUCACUUGCCCUAAGGUCAAGGAGUUCAGGGCUCUGUACACCAAGGUGAUCAACGACAAACACGAGGACGUGAUGGCUAAGUUUGGUGCAAUCUUGGCCCAGGGUAUUAUUGAUGCUGGAGGACGGAACGUGACAGUGAGCCUGCAGAGUAGAACAGGACACACCAAUAUGUUGGGUGUAGUUGGUAUGCUGGUGUUUACACAGUACUGGUACUGGUUCCCUCUCUCACACUUCCUUAGCCUAGCAUUCCAGCCUACUGCUGUCAUUGGACUUAACAAGGAUCUGGAUAUGCCUGUAGUCCAGUUCAAAUCAGCAGCGAAACCCAGCACAUACGGUUACCCUGCUCCUCUAGAGGAGAAGAAGAAGGAGGACAAGGAGAAGGUCGCCACAGCCAUCCUCUCAAUCACCAACAAGCAGAAGAAGAAGGAGGCAGAGAGGAAGAAAAAAGAAGAUGAUAAAAUGGAGGUUGAUGAGAAGGAAGAGAAGAAGAAGGAGGAGAAGAUGGAAGAAGAUAAAAAGAAGGAUGAAGAGGAUAAGAAGAAGGAUGAGGAGAUUGAGGAGAAGAAAGAGGAACCUUUGUUUGAAAUGCUGUCCAACCCUGCCAGAGUUAUGAAGGCACAGCUUAAAGUUAUUCACAUGGAGGAUGGAAAGUAUGAGAACGUGAAAGAGUUGAGUAUCGGCGGUAUCAUCAUGCUCAAGAACCUCUCCGGGGAGAAGGAGGAGAUAGUGGAACCUAUGGUCGUUAACAAGGGUGAGAAGGAUGAAGAUGAAGGAACAGAACCUGAACCUCCUCAACCCUUCCAGUGGACCGAGGACUAGACUUUAAUCCCCUUCCAUUUCCAGACUUUGUUCUACAAUAAUGUUUAACUAAAUACGACUCAUAAAUAUUUGUCAACAAUAGCACAGCGUGAAACCACAUAAAUUAUCAGUUUUCUGUUUAAUAUGAGUAAACUGUUGGCUGAAAUAUUAAAAAUUCAAAAUUGAUGUAAUAAUGUAUUUCAGA